GCGCUCCCCUCCCUGCCCAGCCAGCCAAGGGGCGCCGACGCGGCGGUGGGGGCGGGCGGCCAGCCCGGGCGACAGCUGGGUGGGCGGCUCUGACCUUCGGGUUCGAUCGAUGCCCCGCUCCCGGGCGCUAUAAAAGGGCCGCGCGGGGCUCGGGCGGCCGCAGCAGCGCUCAGCACCCCGCGCGCCCACCAUGGCCGUCGCGCCCCUGCUGCUGCUGCUGCUGCCGCCGCUACUCCGGGGCUCCGCCGCGCUCCCCGCGCCCCCCAGGGCCCCGCGGCACUCAGACGGGACGUUCACCAGCGAGCUCAGCCGCCUGCGGGAGAGCGCGCGGCUGCAGAGGCUGCUGCAGGGCCUGGUGGGCAAGCGCAGCGAGCAGGACCCGGAGAACAGCACGAGCUGGACCAAGUCGGCCGAGGGCCGCCUCUGCCUGCACUGGCCGGACACACCCACCCUGCAGGCCUGGAUGCCCCUGAGGGACCCCCUGGAUCAGACCUGGUCUCCCCGGUUGCCUCCUGGGUCCGGGUCUGGGGCCACCUUUGCAGAGCCAGCCAUCCCCGCUGCGGAGGCGACCCGGAGCAGGCCCUGAGGAAGAAG